GACAACGACAUUGUUUCUCUCUUCACGGUCAAGACCACAUUGAAAUGAAUUUUUGUAAUAAGUUUCGAAAUAAAUAAUGAAUUUUAAUUGUUUAAUUAGACUCUAUGAUAAGAUAGCUUCAUCAUUAAUGCUGAAUUCAGCAAAAUUUACAAUCAUUUCGAUAUGACGAAUUUCCUCCAUAUCGAAAAUACAACGGUAUAUAAAGUUGAAAAUUUCAUAGAGAACAUCAGUUUAGUUAUAGCGAAUAAUGACAAUACUUCGAGCAGCAGUUUUAGUUUUGGUACUGCUUGUAGUUACACAAGCGGCUCCAAAACCAACAGAGGAAGGAAACCUAGUUGAUGGAAAACUUAUUGUAACAACUCAAGGAUCUGCAAAAAUUACUGUUGAACAUUCCAACAACGUAACUGGACCAGUUACGGUAAAAAGGCAAGCUACAAAUCAAUCUGUUGUCUUGGAAAAAAGUUCCAAAGAAAGAUUGUCCGAUGAAGUUCUACAAAGAUUAGGGCGGCAAAUAGAAAAUAAGACCCAAGUCAGAGCGGAAAGAGAUACUGAAGAUCCUAAAAAUAUCUCUAUAGAUGCUUUGAUCAAUCAACCGACAGAUCAAAAGGCUACAUUGGAGUUAAGACAAAAACGAGAAUGUGACGAUAAUAAGAACAAAGAAAAAUCAAAGGUGACUUCUAAAUCAAAACGUGACGAUGACACAAUUAAGAAGGAACCUGUAGCAUCUGAAAUAAACGAAAAUAUCACUUUAACACAACAUGAGGCUGUACAAGUCAAAAAUGAAACUGUCGCCAUAGAUGCAGAUAAACCAAAACGUGAAGUUGAAAUAAAAGAUAAAACUACUCCAAAAUCCACAAUUAAUGCUGCUAAAACAAAACGUGAAAAUGAAAAAGCCAUGGAGGCAACAAAUUUUACAGUAGGUGUUGUUAAGCCAAGACGUGAUGUUAAACAAGCAAAAAAUCAAACAGAUAUUGCUGCCUCUAAACCAAAACGUGAUGUUAAACAAUCAAAAAAUCAAACAGAUAUUGCUGCCUCUAAACCAAAACGUGAUGUUAAACAAGCAAAAAAUCAAACAGAUAUUGCUGCCUCUAAACCAAAACGUGAUGUUAAACAAGCAAAAAAUCAAACAGAUAUUGUAGCCGGUAAACCAAAACGUGAAGCUGUGGAAGCCAAAAAUGAAACUGUAGCCAAAUAUGCAGCAAAUCCCACAGAUUAUGCUGCUGCUAAAUCAAAACGCGAAACUGUGGAAGCCAAAAAUAAAACUGCACCUAUGGAUGCAUCACAAUCCAUAAAGAAUGCAGAUCAAAAAUUAAAACGGGAAGCUGAACUAGCCAACAAUGAAUUUGCAACCACUAACGUGCCUCAAAAAACAAAUAUUAUGAAAAUUUCCCCCAGAAAUGCAACAAAGUCAAAACGCGAAAUUGAAACACAAAAAAACGACACUACAUCAGUGAAAGAAGUUUUAAUGACAAAACGUGAAGCUUUAACGCCCAAAAAUGAAACUAAUGUAACUUCAAAAGCCUCAAUUAAUACUACUACUAAACCAACUAAAACUGCAGCUGUAAAUGCUACGGAAGUAACUAAAAAAUCAAAACGGAAUGAUGAUGCGUUAAACACUAAUUUAACGAGAACAGAAAGAAGUGGUAACCAAAGUCACCACCAUCACGUUCACAAAAGAUGCGACAAUGCAAACAUUGAAAGCCAUGAAACCAGAAAACAAAGGUCCGUAAAAGAAAGCGCCUCAAACAUAAAGCCUACAAAUCAAGAUGCGCCUGCCAAGUUGGUCGAUGUUUCGGGAUCAGAUUCGAAUAGAAGUAGAAGGGAUAUUAAUCCUGCACACUGCAGAUGUGGAGUGUUUGCUAAAUCUAAGGUUUCCGUUCACGAAACCCCAUUGCACUCGAAAAUAUUUCCAGUUAUUUGCGAAGGACAAGUAGAGGAAGUACAAAGCGUUUGUUCGAAUUUGUGUAAAAAGGAAUUGGACAUUAAUCAGUAUAAUAACGAGAUGUGCUUAAAUGUUAGCGGACAAAAGAGAAUUUCGCUCAAAAUGUUUAUGAAGCCAUGCAAGGAAAUAGAUGAAUGGAACGACACCAGCUAUUCCUCAUUGCUGUGCUGCAAUAAUCAUAAAGUUGUUACUUGUUGGUCUUAAUUUAUUUGUUUAUUAAUUUUAUGACGACCUGGCUAUGAAUUUGAAUUGUAUUAUAAUUUUUAUAUUUAAUAAAGAUCAUUCAAAAUGAAAUAUU